UGUCGCUAUAAUUUCAGUAAAAAUUCAAUUUCAGUUUGUAUUGUAAAAGUGGCCUAAAUAUUGUUUAGCUGUCAAACAAUACUCUACGUCAUGUUGUAUUAUGAAAGCAACGUAUGACAUAACGCAAACAAAAACUUCUGGCACUGUUUUUAGUUGUCGGCACGUGUUGAAUGCAAUAAUUAUUAUUUUGACGUUAGAAUAACAAACUAAAUCAAUUUUAAAUAUUUGAAUUGAUUCCUCACACAAUAUGGCUGCUGGAGCACCAUUAUUACACUUGGGUGAAUAUAAAGUUACAGAGGACGCACAUGAUUAUGGCUUAGCUGAUGACAAGCUUGUUCUCGAAAAUUACAAAAAGAAGUUAAAAAUUACUGUUGUCAGAUAUGAAGGAAAUGAUUUGGAAUUUGAUGUUAUUGGCAUUCAUCCAUCUUUGGCAAAUGCUUUUCGACGCUUGAUGCUUAGCAAUGUGCCUAGCAUGGCUAUAGAAAAAGUUUUUAUUUAUAACAACACAUCUGUUCUACAAGAUGAAGUAUUGGCACAUCGUUUGGGUCUCAUACCAUUAAGAGCUGACGCACGCUUGUUUGAGUACAGAGCUGAAGAGACCGAUGAAUUGGGUACUGAACUUGAUACGUUAGAAUUUGAGCUCAAGGUUAAAUGCACACGCAGAAAAGAUGUCAAAGAUAAUAUAAACCCAGAAACUGCGUAUAAAAACUCCAAAGUUUUAUCAAGUCAAAUAAAGUGGCUGCCACGGGGUAAACAAGCACAAAUUUAUAAAGAGUCAGACGUGGGUGUUAUGUAUGAUGAUGUAAUUGUCACAGAAUUGCGUCCCGGACAUGAAUUAGAUAUACGGUUUGCUGCUGUAAAGGGCAUUGGUAGCGAUCACGCAAAAUUCUCCCCUGUGGCGACAGCUUAUUAUAGACUUUUACCAGAAAUUCGUUUGACUCGUCCAGUCACCGGCAAAGAUGCCUAUACGUUGCAGAAAUGUUUCUCACCUGGCGUUAUCGGUGUUAAUGACGACGAUGAAGCUUAUGUUAAGGAUGCAAGAUACGAUACUGUCAGUCGUAAUGUUUAUCGCUUUCCGCAUCUAAUCGACGCCGUAGAAAUGUCGCGUGUACGUGAUCAUUUCAUUUUUACCGUCGAGUCGGUAGGCGCGUUAAAACCAGAUGUUAUAUUUAUUGAAGCUAUAAAAAUACUUAAGAAGAAAUGCAUCAAAUUCAUAAAUGAAAUCGAUGCAACAUAAAUUAAUUUUAAAUAAAAUUAUUUUUGU